AUGGCUUGUUUACAUGUCAACAAAGAGUACUUAAUCCAGAUCCAAGAAAUGGGUUUUGGUAGGGAACAGGCUGAGAAGGCGUUGAUUGAAACAUCUAAUAACGUUGAAAGAGCAAUUACUUUGCUUUUGACUGAAGCAACUGAGGAUACAUCUUCUUUUGCCCCCAUAAACAUUGCUAACGUUUUCCAUAUCUACUUUUUUCAGACUAAUAAGAAUAUUGCUAUAAACCCCAAUGACAAUAAAAAUGAUUUAAUCAAUAACGCUCCAUAUCCUGAAAUAAACAAUAUCAAUAAUGACAUUUCUGCUGAACCUAAGUCUGCGAUUCCCUCUUUGCCCCCAAAGCACCCUUCUAGCCCCCCGUUAGAAUUAAACCACUAUCCAUCUGAUAUCCCAGACUCAAACCAUAUCCAAACUCUUGAAGUUGACUCCCCUGAAAGUAUCAGUAGUUUGUCUGCCUCACUAGAUUACUUCACUGAUAAAAGCAGUCAUGAUGAUAAAUCUGAAAAUUCAAACUCUAACUACAAUUCAAAUUAUAAUUCAAACUACGAUUCAAGCAGAGAUGCAAAUUAUGUUCAAAAUAAAAACGACCUCUCUAGUAAUUUUAGAAAAUUAUCGGAAUACUCCGACAUCGAUUAUGAUGAAAUUAGCAGUAAUCACCAAAAUCAACUAGUUUCAACUUCUGCUCAUAUUUCCAUUUAUGAAGAUUUAAAUUCUCAUAGAAAAAAUUCUGAUUUUCCUGCUAUCUUAUUACCUUUGAACUCAAUGCAUUUUGACAACUAUUUUGUAAUGUUAAUAAUGAUUUUACAUCAGGUACCUACUUUUCAAAAAGCAAUUUUAUUCAAUCAAUUUGAUGAUUAUGGAUAUAACCCAAAUUGGUGGAAUUCUGAACUAAUUGACUUGCCUCAAUCCAUCAAAAAAACACAAGAAAUUGAUGAAAAUAAGCUUACCAAAACCAUGGUUAAUGACAAUAAAAAAGAUCCAAAUGAUAAUAAAGAUGAUAAAAUUGAUAAAAAAAUUGGCGAAAAUGAUGAUAAAAAUGAAAAAAUUAACGAAAAAAUUAGUGGCGAUGAAAAAAAUAAAAAAAAUGAAAAUAAAAUCAUAGAUAAAAGCAGUGAAAAUAUUUCAAUAAUUGAUAAAAGCGAAAAGAGCGACAAGAAUGAUACCAGAACAAAUAGCAAAAAUAAUAUCAAUGUUCAAAACAGUGAAAACUUUAGAUUUUUAAUGGAAACUCAAAGAGUAGUCGGUUUUCUAAAUGGUCUCUCUCAAAGAUCUUUUUCGUCAGCGUUCAAUUUUCUUAAAUCAUUUCCUACAAAACUAAGAAAAUCAAUAAAAAGAAACGAUAUUGAAGCUUCAAUUAAUUUGUUUUACACAUGCUUAUUAGAACAAAUUUCUAGUUUUAAUACCAAGUCUCCAGAGAAUCUUGCUAAUCUUUUCAGUUCCAAUUUUAUAACCAAAGAUCAACACUGUCUUUAUAAUAUAAUGCCAAUUGAUUCAGAUAAUAUUAGAUCAAAUAUCUAUAAGACAUUCAUUGAGGCCAUUUGGGAAUCCGAUUUAAACAAUCCCAAUGACAUUCAUUUAAACUCACUUAGCGAUAUCAUAUCAAUGUCAUUUUCUCCAAUGAGUUCUUGUUCUGAAUCUUUAGUAUUGGAUCAAGUUUUUUUCCCUCAAAUUUACACUGAUAAAUAUUUGAAAAUACUUCUACAUAAACAAAAAAGAUUUGAUAAAAUAACACAAAAAUUAAAAGAAAUAAAUCAAGACAAGAUAUCCUUAACUAGUUUCCGUGGAAAGAGAGUUGAUUCAUUUUUGAAUAACACAUCAAGGUAUUUAAAAAGUCAGUUAGAAAACCCGAUUGAUAUUACUUCCGAUAAAUCAAAUCACACAGCCCAGGAUCAAAAAACUGAAGGAAAUUGUUCUCCAAAUACUUUAAGUAAAUCUAUUACUGAGCUUGAGAAUUUAGAGAAAAAAAUCAAAACUUUGAAAACAAAUCUUAUUGAAGAGUACGAAUUGUUAACUGAUGAGAGAAGAAACAUUGAUUUUGAUAAUGUUACACAAAUGGUUAAAGAAUUUAAUAUGAAAUUAUUGAAAAGAAAAGCUGAAAAACAAAAAAAGAGAUCUUCUGGGCAAACAAGUACUCAAAAAGAGAAUCUUCCUGAAUCCAUUAUUGUUGAUUCUGAAGAAUUUGAAUCAAGUGAUAAUUCUGACUCAGAAAAUGAUUUCAUAUCUGAUUCGGAAAUUGAUAGCUACGAAGAAAUUGAGCCAUAUUUAUUAACAGGUGUAAUAAUAAGUGAUCACCAAUUUUAUUAUUUAUUAAACCAGGAAUAUCCAAUUUGGGUAUUUGUUGAAUUCGUAAACACAGCUGGGAAGUUUGAUUAUUUUACAGCGUCAGUUGUUGAUUUCAACAAUAUAGAAGGUUAUAUUAGUGGCAUAACUGGGCAAGGGGAUAUAUCAUUUCCAAUUCUCUUGACUUAUGUGAAGGAGUCUGUUUAUUAUGCAAAUGAAAAAACUGAACUUAGUAAACCUUUUAUUGAUUUUUUCAAUAAAGAUUUACAAACAGUUAUAAAUACAGAAAAUGACACAGAAAACAUAAACAGUAAUGGUUCAGAUUUAGGUUCGGAUGAUAUGAAAAUGGACAUAUCCGAUGAGGAGAUUUCUUCAGUCAAUAUUUAA